AUGAAAUUAACUUGGUUAGUUCUGUUAUUGUCGGCAUUUCAUAUUCGGAACAACGUCGCUAUCCGCUUUACAAAUAUAAAAUGUCAAACCUUUCAUCCUGAAUUUGCCACCUUCGAAGAGUGCCAUCUUAAAGUGAUUAGACGCGGUGUAAUUGGGCUAAAUGUUUAUGUCAAGUUGUGGCAAUUACCGGUUAACAAUAUAUCCAUAAAUUUGGCUUUUUUGAAAAAGGCCAAUGGCUAUCGACCAUUUCUAUACAAUGUCACUACGAAUUUUUGUGGUUUUUGGGCCAAUCGGAAGAAAUAUCCCAUUGUUGAUGUUUUCAUAGGUGUUGUAACGAAAGAUUCGAAUAUUAAUCACACAUGUCCAUAUAAUCAUGAUAUAAUAGUGAAGAAUUUAGUAUUGGAUAUGAAUAAACUGAGAUACAUCCCAUUUCCGCGUGGAGAAUAUCGUAUAGAUUUGAAAGUUGCUGCCUACAAUGAUUGGAAAGCAGAUGUGAAGGCAUAUAUUGAGAUAUUAGAAGAUUUGUAA